AUGGCGAACGACGCGAGGGCAACGUUCAUAUCGGAAUUAUUGAAUAAAUGGAUAAAUGCAAGGGGUGAUCCGGCGUACACCGGAAUGCAGGACCUUCUGUGGGUUGAGUUGAAAAAAGCCUUCGAAGACAUGAUGGAAAAUAUAAACGACGAUGCAGAGGAUGAGAAACCAAUGUGUGCCAAGAGGAUUGCAAAUGGCAAAUCCACAUCAUGGGGGAACACGGAAAAAAAGUUAUGUAAAAUAUUAAUAAGGUUAUAUUCUUGGAUGGAUGGAUUAGAGCGAAAACCGAACUGGGGUGAACGAGGGAAGUUGCGAUGGAAAAAAAAAGAGAAGAAGGGAGUGCAGGGAGUGAAAGAAAGGGAAGAGGAGAAACUACAAUUUUAUUUUAGAUGUCUAGUUGGUAAGGUUACCAUGUUAAGGAUGCUAGCACCACAUUGUAAGUUCGACGAAGUAGCAGAAACAGUUAAAAAGGGUAUGGAAACAAUGAGGAAAGAGAAGGGUAUUUCAGGUGGGAAUGAAUUAUGUAAGGAUUUGGAUGUCGAAAAUUUCAUAUGGGGAGGAAGAUUCAUAUGGAAUGAAGCUCAGCAAUGGGUAAAUCAAUAUAGCAGAUUGGGAGAUCAAACGAAAGGAAUAAGUAAAGUGGACCCAGGCAAUAGUACUUUACACAAAAUAAAAGUGGUAGGGGACGCAUGCCGGAAAACAGAGCAAAAAAAGGAAAUUAAGAAAGAAACUCUGAACAAAUUAGAAAUAGAAGUCACCAAUGGGAAAGACUUAAAUCUAGGGGAAAACGAUGUAACGUUCAAUAAGGAGGCUUUAGAGGAUUUAGUGAAGGAGGUCAAGCAUGUAGUGGAUACGGAGAGAGCAGGAAGGAAGGAUGUCCAAAGGGAGGACAGAAUAGAUGAGAAAUUGAAGGGAAGAGUGCAGGAAGCUGUGAAUAAAUUCAUGGAGGAUGCCCUACCAAAACAACAAGGUAAGUAG